UUGUGGGCUUCCGGGUUGUGGCUGUGUCAAGAAAGUCGAGAUCGCCAUGGCCCGAUGCGCAUGUGCAGACAUCACGUUUCCCCCCUCGUCAUCUUCCAUCCCCUUAUCGCCUCCUCGGCGGCUACCAAUUUGGGUCCCCUUCCAAGAUCAAGUAAUUCCCGCAAGAUUUUGCUGUCACUGCCUUUCUCUCAACUUCGAUUUUCAGUCUUGUCAUUUCCUGCAGCCAUCUAGAAUUCCAACCCGCCACUUCAUACCACCGAGCUCCAGUCCAGCAUGGCCACGCUAACAGAGAGGCCGCCUCCCCCUCACAGGUUCGAACAACAUGUUGGGUUUGACAACCUCCCCGUCGGGGAAGCGACCAAGAAUAAUCCCUCGUCAUUCACUCUUCAAGCGCGCCAUCAGGGCUACCACUCGUCACGAAGAUCGCGCACAUUCAUGAUCGGCGUCGACGAACACAACUAUUCGCAAUAUGCCUUGGUCUGGCUGUUGACCCACAUGGUAGACGACGGCGACGAGAUUAUCUGCGUGAGAGUCAUGGAGAACCCCGUUCGCCCCGACAAGAACUACCAGGAGGAUGCGAGGAAGCUGUUGGAGAUAAUUAAGUCCAAGAACGAACUGAAUAAGGCCAUCAGUAUCAUACUGGAAUACUCGGUCGGAAAGCUGCACGAUACAUUCCAGCAAUUGCUCGGAAUUUACAACCCCUCCAUGCUUGUGGUCGGCACUAAGGGGCGGACCCUGGGAGGGUUCCAGGGACUGAUGAACGCGCGAAAUUCCUUCUCCAAAUACUGUCUCCAAUAUAGCCCUAUCCCCGUGGUAGUGGUCAGGCCAGACGACAAGCGGUUGAAGAAGAAAGAGAAGCGAUCUCAGGAUCCCUCGCGACAGAGUUACGCCGCUAUGCUCGCGUACAACUCGGGAAGACACGAGGCCGAUAGCGAGGCGAGCAGUGUAUACGAGUUUGAGAAGGGCAUAUCGCCGGACGAGGAGGCGCAUCGAGUCGCCGCAGCCAUUGGCCUCCCUGCGAGGUUCGAUCCCACCAUCAAGCCGUACAAUCCCCGCGAUGCAAAUCGACGACGGUCGUCACCCUCGGGGCAGUCCUCCUCGGGACGAACAACCUCCCUUUCCCCGCCCCCGACGCCCCUUGCCGCCGAGAGUGGAGAGGAGGAUAGCGGUGAUGAUGACGACGAGUUUGAGGUUGAGGCCGUCUCUAGUCAGCAGCUCGCCGCGGGAGCGCGAAAACAAACCGGGCUUGAAGAACAGAAGGAACGACUCCACGCUAUGGAAGUUGGCGAAGCUGCUGCUCUGCUCAAGUCGGGCAACUCGAAAACGCUCGAGGAUGAUGACGAUGACGAUGACGAAUCUCAGGAGAGAGGGCCGGAAGACGCGUCCAAAUCAUAGGAGGAUCUUGGGUUCGGCAUUUUGGUCUCUUGAUGCCGAGAA